AUGUCCGCAUUGAUGCGAUCCUCGGUGCAGCCUGUUGUCAAAGCGUUGGCCAGCCGCAGCAACGUCUCCGUGAACACAUGCCGUCACUUUCUGUGGUACGGUAACAAGAAGGAGGUCCGCUUUCCGAAAGACAUUGACCACGCCACUGGCGAGGAACGUCUGGUUCGUCUGGCCAUCGCUAAGGGCAUCAAAGAUCCUUUUGACAUCCAAGAACAGGUCCGCGGCCCAGGCACUAAAGAAAAUCCCAAUAUUAUUCAAACCUUUGAAGGCACCCGAUUGAUUGGCUGCAAGUGUGAGGAAGAAUCGACGACCAUCAAGUACAUGUGGCUGCACUUGGAUGAACCUAAACGAUGCGAAUGUGGAUUCUGGUUCAAAGCGGUUCCUGCCCGCAAGUUCUGGGAAGAAGUUGCCGGCCAAUAA